AUGACCGACACACGCAUAAUCACCCAGGCAGACAUCCACUGCACAGACACACCCACACCAUCGGAGGCCCACAACACCUCCGAUCGGACACCUGAAACCCUCAUCCCGCACGAAUUCGGAAAGCCAACUACAGUCGCUUCUCCUACCAAAACUUCGGAUUCGCCCGCAAUCACAACAAACCCCCCAAAAAGGAAGUUGGACGCUUCAAACACAACACCCACAUCACCUUCCAUCCCUGCAUCCAUGGUCACGUUCGCCCUCUACUUCUGCGCGGCUGGCCCCAUUAACACACUAAGAUCCUGCACUCCCUGGUGCAUUCACUGCAAAACAACCAACCACUCCUCACUAUCCAACAAAUGCCCCCACAAACACACCCUCACCCAACAGGCCAACAGACACAUAGACAUCGACUCGGCCAAAUUACAAACACGAAAACUGACACAGCAUCCAAGAACACCCUUGCUACCCACACCACAACCAAACAACAAACCACACCUACAGAGCCUGUUUGACGGCAUCCCCAUGGAAAUACCACAAGCAACAGCCACAAACACCCAAACCCCGCACUUCCCGCCAACAUUCGCCACACCCAAACCAGUCACUGCAUCUACUCCCGCACGCAAACCAAAACUCCCCAUACCUGCCAUAUCCCACCCAAACACCAUACAAUCAGCAGCCACCAGGGCAACAACAACCAGACACGAGCAAGCAACACCCGAAAACGCAAACAUAACUCAACCCAUUGAAAUACCCAGCACGACACAACAAAACACUCAAACAACCCCCAUGGAUAGUGAGGACACUAAUCUUAUUAACUUAGAUGACUCCCAAACCGAAACUCAGCUUAACAUAAAUGAUAUAACACGGUCAGCCCCCAAAAAUCUCAAAAACCGCAAACGCAGACCUCAAACUCAACCUGAACCCGAAACACCCUUAAAUACCCAACUAAAUAACUUUACACUCCUACUACUCUACCUGCUGAAAGAAAUCAAACCAGACAUUAAAGCCACUAACCUACACCAAGUAGCUCGUAGACUAAAUCUUACAAACCAAACCUACCCAGAAUUCUACGCAAGCUACUCCCUAGCAACCGCAGGACUAUAA